AUGACGAUUUUUACAUUAAUUGGCUGCUUAUAUUUAUUUUCCCUCGAAUGUUCCCCUGGAUUUUGUAAAAUUUCAGGAAAGGAAAACUUGUACCGAGAAGUUACAGUAAUGCGUGACAAACAGAGAAGUUCCAACAUAAUUUUUACAGAGAGGAAAAGCUCAAAAAUACAUUGCGGGAUUCAGUGUGGCGUAUCAAUGUGCCAAAGUUUUUCUUAUAAUUCAAUUACACGUACCUGUUGUGGAUAUGACGUCACAAUCACGGAUACAACGUCAACUGUUUUGGAAAGUGGUUGGAGGACGUACAACAAUAUUACAGCUCAUUCCACAAUCACAGAGCCAGUAACACCACCACUUACCACAAAUACACCAACCACCACCACCAGUGAGGCACACAUAACGGAACCACCUACAACGACUAUUACAACCACUACUAUUGCCAGCACAGUACAACAACCUUCAUGCACUUCUUGCCCUUCAGAUUACACUUGCAAACUUGGACUUGUUUUCUGCUACAAAUAUUUCGGAACAAGAAAGAGCCGUGUGGACGCCGAGUCCUCCUGUGCCAGCGAGGGAGCGGAACUCGUCAUAAUCGACAAUGCUGACAAAGACAACGAAAUUUUGUCAUACAUUAAUACCAACUCAAUAACAGAACUAUUUUAUUGGGUACAAGGCAGCUAUGUCGGCAGUCAGUGGCAGUACAACGACGGUACACAAAUUACGUACUUCCGGUGGGCCCCUAGUCACCCUUAUAAGUAUGACCUCUUGGCUUUCAACAAAGAUAAUGGAUUUCACGGAACCACGAAUACUUACGAUGACGUGUAUUUCUGUGAAGUCAAACUCUGAUCGCUACCAACCACUAACAAGCUCGAGGCAGAUGGCUUGAACAUUGUAACUUAAGGUCAGACGACACGUUCCUCGAAUAUCUGUUUUUACAUUCCUUUGUAAUAUACCAAAAAUAUUUAUAUUUAUUAUAUUUUGAUUUCUAAACUAUUUUCAAAAUGUCUGAAAAUAUAUGGACCAAAAAUAGUGAUAUCAGCAGUUCAAGUGAACUUUAGUAUAGGAUUAUAUAGAAAAUACCAUCCCCAGAAUCUUGCACAAAUGCCUGGUAAUGUACCCCGAUUUUUUGUGAGGAAACUUCUUAAAAUGGCAAUAUUUCAAUCGAUCACAAAAUAUUGGGAAAAGCUAUAUAUAUUUGAGGAACGGGUCGUCUGACCUUAACUGAAAUCUGAUACAUGUAUAUAAUUGUUUGACUUGUUUUAUGUACAUCAUUUUGAUAUUUUUUUUUUUUUUUUUUUUUUUUAAGAAAAAAACUUUUGGGAUAAAAUCGUUGCGUUCAACUUAUUAAGAAAAGGGGGAAAUCGUGAAGCAAUA